ACAACCUCUGUAACUGGCAGAUGCAGAUGGAAACAGAAAAAACAGAAAACAGUGAGUCUUGCGCUGGACAGCUGGAGCGCAGAAGAGUUCAGAAGUGGGCGGGUGUAUGAGUUUAAAAAAAAAAGUGGGGGUGGAAACCCCACCAGCCAAGUUGAAAAAAAUAACUGAAGUGCGCCUAUCUCCCGGCCGGAGCCCCUCCCCUCGGCCCGGCUGCGCGGGAGGAGUGUGACCCAGGUGCCGCUUCCUCCCUCCGUUCAGGGUCAGGAGCCAGUGAGCGCGACCCUCGCCGCUGCCGCGUUUCGUACCCUAGGCCUCUCGGCCUCAGACUGGGUCGCCGCCCAGGACCCGUCGGAGAUGAGCAACCGCAACUUCACGUCGCUGCCCCCUCACCACGAGCUUGGUCCAGGGAUGACCUACACCACGAUGGACAUUGCCAUCAUUGCAGCUGUGAUCACUGCUGUGGCCUUAGUCCUGGUCUGCCUCCUCCUUGUCAUGCUUCGCUACCUGUACCGACACAAGGGCACAUACCACACCAAUGAGGCCAAGGGCACAGAGUUUGCCGAGAGUGCAGAUGCAGCCCUGCAGAGUGACCCUGCCCUCCAGGAUGCCAGUGACAACAGCAGGAAAGAGUACUUUAUCUGAGGGCACCAGACCUCACCUCCCCAAAAGUCUCCUCCAACUUCAGGAGAGCAAAUGCAUCUCCCACCUACCACCAUUACUGGCCCCACAGGGCACCUGACUCUUCUCAAGUUUCACACCUCAGAACAUGUGGUGGCUGCCCAGGGAGGAAAGGGGAGGACACAGGCUGAGAGAGACCUCUCCCAGGGACCCAGGGACACAGCAGCCACCUUGGAAGGCCAGCUUUUGCUCUAACAGGAAGAAAGCAAGUCUGGACACACAGGUCGUCCUGGGAAAUUCAGGAUGUCAUUUUAUCAAUGUGAAAGUUCUUCAGUGUAUGAGUGUGGUAGGAGGGCCUGGGGGCUGGGGACCCAAGGAAGUGAGAUAUCAGUAAUGGCAUCAAAUGUCAGUCCUUGACAUUUGGGUGGGGGAACAGCAGGUGCCAGAGCUCAAAGGCACCUUUGUCUUCCAUUGAUCCAGCUCAAAAUGAUUGGAAAUAAAUUUGAAAUGUAAUCAAGCAUUCAGAGUCAAAACAGCACUACUGAAAUUGUCUGGGGAAUGACAAACACCCAGUGCUUGCUUUUUCCUAAUGUGAUUUUGUGUUCUCUGACAGAGUCUAUGUGCAUGGGGCUGGGACUGUCCAGUUCUGGCAAGGGAGGUGGGAGGACAAGUGAUCGGCAUCUUUCUCCCACACCAGCACCAACUGCAUAAACAAAUGUAAGGACUUAAUAUCCCUCUGAAAAGGGGGAUAUUUCAAGUGGUCAGGGCAUUGGCUGAAGUGUUGAUUUUCUGAUGCACAGUAUAGGGACAAAAUAGACUUGCUCAACAAUUGUAAGUGAACCCCAUCCUCCCACAAUCACAAUAAAGAUGGCACCCAGUGGGCAGGACAUGGGCUGGAGAGCACCACUCCCCGAGUUUGAGCUCCCCUUUCCUGCUUUUGAGAACUUGGUCCACUUCUUGACCUCUCUGACCUCAGUGUUUUCAUCCUUCAAGUGAAAAUGGCUAAAAAUGUACCUCUGUGCACAUGAUUCACAGGACUGAGGACAGCAACAGAUGCGUCAAGUACUCAACAUUCACUAUAUUCCAGUGUCACUAAUACAGUGGAUAGUGGAUAGUGGAUAUAUUUAUUAAUGAAAAUUCCUCAUUGCAUCACUCUAAACUCCUCCUGAGGAGGAAAUGUCAUUUAAAUAGAAUAACAGAGAAAAUGAACUCAUUAAUCAUUCUUUUUGUAAGGGUCCCAACAACUCAAAUCACUAAGAGAAUAGCAGCUCCAAGAUUAAAGACUGCACCCUGGGGUGCCAGGGUCCACUCAGGAGUCCUUUCGGUUUAUUGAGGCUGCACCAUCUCCACCUCAGAACAGUCAGCAGAACAGUUCCCUUCAUCUCCCUAGAAGGAUGAUGGGGAUCCAAACUCAGCUGGGAAUGGCCACCAGCUAAAGGAGCUAGAAGCCCUGCCAGUGUCAUAAAAGAGAGAAGCACAGAGAACUCAGGAGCUGGUGAUUUUAGGAGCCUAGUCAGAUGCAAGAUCUUUCCCUGGUGUCCCCAGCUCUCUGGCCCUCUGUUUUCUCAUCUAUAACAUACAAGGCUCGACGACGGUAGCCACCCUUUGUCUGAGAGGGAUGUGUUCUAAAAUUCCCAGUGGAUACCUGAAACCAAAAAUAAUCCUGAACCCUGUAUGUACUAUGUUUCUUCUUAUGUAUACAUGCCUAAAAUCAAGUUUAAUUUAUAGACACAGUGAAAAAUUAACAAGAGUAGCUAAUAGUAAAAUAGCACAACUAUAAACUGUAAUAAAAGUUACUGAAAAUUAUGAACUGUUUACUUCUGGAAUCUUCCAUUUGAUCUUCUCAGACUACAGUUGACCAUGGGUAACUGAAACUGCAGAAAACUGAACUGCCAAUAAACUGCAGGACGACUGUGUAUUCCCACUUCCCAGACUGAUCUGCAGAACACCAGCCUGGCAAAAUAAUUAUAGAAUAGUGAAGACAAAUAGGCUGUUGUUCCAUGUGCAAAUCAGUUUAGAAAAUGACAUGGUUAAAUGAAAUUAAACCUGUGCAAGUCUCAGCAUCUCUACAGUCUAGCAUGGACUGUGGCUCUUGAGGGACAGGAACAGAGCAGUGCAGCAUGUCCCAAAUGUCCUUGGCCACAGAUCCCAUUUCCUCACAGAAUACCUGUGACAAACACCAAGUAUGGGUACCCAGUGUUCCUUGGAACAUGUUUAGGAAACACCAAACUAAUGACUUCUAACAUCCCUUUCUGCUGCGACGUCACUUCCAGUUUUUGAGAGUUACAUGGACAUAGGAUCAGUGGAUACAGAGGUAUACGUAGAACACUUCAGUAGGUGGCUGAUCAACAGCAACUCCUCAGGGAGCAGAACAUCAGCUCUAGGACCUGGGGAUGCUGGAAUGACUCACCAGUACUGGGGUCAGUUCACCCAGGCCAGGUCUCUGUCAUCUGAUGGACCUGGCCCAUGAUAGCCUGUUCCCUGUGACUCCUUUCCCAUUCCUGCCAAAAGCUGACCUGGGAUGCAAGAUCACUCUGUGUGGUGAGAGGAAACCGCAAGAUUAGUUGGCCUUUCUGACCUUGGCAGGAUGGUUAGGAAGAUAAAUGUGUCAGGUUAGUCACUCCUCGUCCACAUCCAAAGCCCUCAGGUAGCUAACUCCCAGGCCACUCUCGUCAAAAGGAAAACGAUCUGCUAGAUGACAUCAUGACCAAGCACCUAUACUAACUCUUCUUGGAUGAGUCAUGCUUCUAGAAAGUAGUCAUCCCCAAACAGUAGAGAUGCUCCUUAAGAUGGAAAUGUGUCCCAAUUAAUCCAUCAUAAAUUGAAAUAUCACUAAGUCAAAGUGCAUUUAAUGCACCUAACCUACUAACAAUGCUUACCCUAGCCUAUUUAAAUGUUCUCAGAACUCUUAACACUUCACCCAUUACAGUUGGGCAGAAUCAUCUGACAUAAAGCUUAUUUAAUAAUAAAAUAUUGAAUAACUCACUUAACUUAUAGAAUAUUGUGGUGAAACCAAACAACAGAAUGAUUGUAUGGGUAUGCUUUCACACUACAGUAAUGUCAAAAACUCCUGAGUCUAACCAUGGAAAUCAGGGACCAUAUUCAAUGAUGAAAUUUCAAACCUGGAGACAGAUUAAUAAUGUGUGUGUGUGUGUGUGUGUGCGCGUGUGCGCAUGUGUGCACAUGAAAGAGAGAGAGAGAGAGGAAGAAUAAAGUUCUAAACCACAAACAAAUGUACCCCUAUAAAUGAGGGGAUUAUAUAACUGAAGAUAAUAUUUUCUGCCUUAAGGCAUCUGAGAUGCAGUAGAGAAGAUAAGCAAGAAAAUGUGCACAACCCUGAAGUGUUAUAGUUGCUGAAAAUAAAGCAAUACAGAUAAAUUUGUAAAUGAAAGAGGGAGGGAUUCUUUUUAUGUGGGGAAUGAGAUAGACCCAAGAGGGGCUUCAGAGACAAAGCGAGGUUUGGGUCAGGUAAACAGUGCAUAAGGACUGAGCCAUGGAGGGUCUUGGACUCCAAAUGAAGAAAUGUGGCCUUUGUACUGCAGGCAAUAGGAACCCUCAAGGAACAUGUUGGUUUCUAUCAUAAGGGUAAAACAAUGAUCAAAUUAAAACAGGACAAGAUGAAAAGUUACUGUGGAAAUUUACAAGGGAACUUCUCAUGACUGAUGCAGGCUCGGACCCUGUACCGGGAAAUGGAGACCCAGGAGCUCACCCACCUCUCCUGCUUCCCAUUGUUUAGUCUGGAUUUCACAUGACUCAACUCAUCCUGCCUGGUGAGAAACAGGUCUCAUCUGUUAGCCAGAAGAAAGGGCAGUAGGUCAAGGCUCUGAGCCAAGUACUAUGUAAACAUUAGAGAAGAAUUUUUCUUUUUUUAAUGGAAAGAACUGAUGAUUUUAUCUUGUUUGUGUUGUUCCAUUGCUUUCCAUUCUUUGCCUGAGCAUUUUCAUCAUCAUGGCAACAGGGAUGACUGAGUACCAACAGGAGUUUAACUGGCCCAGUGCCAGGAAGAGAACUAUAGACAGAUUUUAAUGUUUGCAAUUUGACACAUCAACAUGAAGUUACUGAAAGAUGGUGGCUCUAGAAUUAGUCAAACCUGGACAAGAAUUUCAACUCAGCACUUAUUAGCCUUGUGACUUAGGAAGAAUUAAUUAACUUCUUCAACAUCUCAGUCUUCUCAUCAACAUGAAGAUCAAAAUAUUGGAAUUUUAAGGUACUUUGAAUAUUUGUUUAAAUAAGGAUAUAAUCUUGCCAAGAAUUGUGAAGGGUCUAAAUUCUACCCUGCUUUCAGGUGAAUUACAUUAGUAUACCUAAGUUUUGCAGAUAUUAACAGAAGACGUUAGACUCCUUGCUAAAAGACAAGAGACUAUGACUACCAACCCAGAAAACAGCAUGAACAUUAGUAUAUUUGUAUCAGAUCUCCUUGUGCCUAAGUCCCACAUGGGUGAUGUGGAUGAUCCCAAAGAAUGCUUACCCACACUGUGAGGUGUUGAGUUGCAGAAGAGAAACCAUUAACUAAGAAAACUAGAUUCCCUUAUAAUGCACGACAAACAUUACCAACCCUUUGCUCUGAAGGAAGGCACUAUCUUUGUCUUCCAAGACCGUUUUAUAUGCAAAUACAAAAAUGUUUGAUAACAUUUUUGUUUUGUUUUGCUCAGAACAAAGGGCAAAUCCUGCUUCACUCAUUAUAUGUGAAAAACAUGAAAGACCCAUGAAGAAUCUUCUACCAACAAAGUAAUCACUGCCUAACAUAGCACCCAAUAGCCCACACAUGCUCAGUAAAUACUUGUUGAACAAAUAAGCAUACACAUUAAGCCAUGCAAUGCACUAAAUUACUGUGUUUAUGGCCUUUCAAAGUAUCCCAGACAUCUCACCAGAAAAUCAAAAACAUCUGCUUUUUAAUCUUCAUUGGGGAGUUUAAAGAAGAAAAUUGUUCUCCAUCAUUUUGAUAGUAUUUGGGAGAAAUAGCUGCAAGUUUGGUUCUUUUUAUCCGCUUACUAUCACAUAAAUGCAUACAGCUGUGGAAAUGUCCAGUUCCUGGGUAGAUUCAUAAAUCCAGAGCCUAGCAGUGAAGUUGGGUAGAAUCUGCCCACCUUUACUGCUAAUAUUAUCUUGUGAUCAAGAGGUCUCUCUUGCCAAUAGUACAGACCUCAAAGGAGGGUAGAUACUUAGGGUAGAUAUUCCGACCUCCCAGUCUUUGACUUUGAACUGAAUAUAUUGGCUGACUUUUACUUUUCAAAUAACUGAAAUUCUUUUUCCCUCCCAGUAAAAAAAGGACUUAGAAAAGAGGUCUAUAUUUAGCUUUCUCAAGAUCAAGCACCGUUUGAGCCUGCUAAGAUGGCCAAGGUCAGGCCACUUCUUCCCCUGGGGAAGAACCAUUUUGCUCCCAGCUGUUGUGUAACAGGCAUUGUCUCCUUAAGGUCACAGUUGAAAUGUUAAGAUCGAAGGGUGGUGAGCACCCAGACCUCAGCAUAAGGCAGUGAAAACACCUUCAUUCAUUCCUUCAUGCAUUCCACAAAUGUUCCCUACGUGUAACCAUGCAGCAGGCACAAUUCCAGAAAUGUAGGACAGAGCAGAGGCUUGUCUCCACCCUGGAAAACAUAAGAAUAAAUGUGCUAACAUGACUCUAGUUGCCAAGGGCUCAUUCAAAAGGACCUAAUGGACUAAGAAGGUCAAGGAAGGAUUCUUGAAGGAGCCACUUUCUAAAGGAGUCAUCCAAGUGAGGGAAUGUCAAAUGCAAAAUAUAGAGGCAAGAUUGGAAGCUGUGAGUGCAAUGCUUCUCCUGGAGCAUGAGUCAUGAAUGAAAUUACCAAGAACGAGGCUGGACCCAGAGACUGCAAAGAACCUGGUUAUGUUUGUGAAUCCACCUGACCCAGGAGCAAAAGAUCAAAAUGGACUUGUUGGGCUUGUAGAUGAAGACUGGUUAUUGGGCUUUGUAACCAAAAUCUUUAUGGUUCUUCAGUAUCAUAUAGAUACAUCUGUAGCAACUCUGGAUUGAUUCUUAGCUAGAAUCCCAGAGGAAAAAUAAAAACAAAGGAUUCAAAAGGGCCACCUCAUCAAGCCCAACCUGUAUGGCACCUGAGAUGACAAACAAAAGCCAUUGUACCCAAAUGUUAAACCCCAAGUAAACCAGAAAUUCUAGAAUUUAGUUUUCUCCUUUAGGACAAGUAUUGCAAAGCUCUCCACUACAAACAUUCUUCAAGGCAGAGGAGAAGCAGGGACUAGUGAAAAUCAUACCCUGCUUCUCUAUCCAGAGAAUCUUUGGGUACAAGAACCUGGAGCUUGGGGAACCGAAGGAGACAUUAAGGCACAUCUGAAUGGUGCAGACGGGAUAAACACAGAAGGGCAAAGAACAUGGAUGGUUUCAACUUUACAGCUUUGCAAGACUCAACUGAUGCCAUCUCAGGUCAAAAUCACAACCUAGCCAUUGAGACACAGGACCCAGAAAAAGGCUGUGCUAAAAUCAGGCAACAUACCCAAGGCUCUUUUAGACAAGGUCACUGAGACCAAUAUGGGAUUUAUGUGUAACCUAAUUUUCCUGCAAGGGAAAGAAAUGGGAACCUGGAGAUCCCAGAGUGAGCAAUACUAGCACCUCUGCUGUGCCAGCAUCUGUGCUAGACUGGGCUCCUGUGAGAGAAUGGAUACAUGUGCAUUGUUGGGCACCAGCUGUGGAGCUGAUGUUUGAUGUGACCUUUUGAUGUCUUGCAGUUGAUCAUCAUUAGUUGAAGGCAAGUUGGUCCCUGAAAGAUGUCGUGGAGAAGAGUCAUCUCUCUUACAGAUUUGAAUUCUUCAUUAGUAGAAAGGGGAGCAAUAAAUCCUGCCCUCCCAUCCUCAUAAAACUGUUGGGAUAAACCAGUACUGUGAGAUACAAAGAUGCUUAAAAGUGAUGAAAGCUCUACCAAGAAUAUUUUUCCAUUCCUUCCAAUAUCUUCUUAAAAUGUACCAUCAGAAAGAUAUUUUUGAUUGUUUAUAUGAAGGUUUUUUCCUCCUCUCAGAGGUGCUUGAUUAAAAAAAAAAAUUGUUUUAAAGGCUGGAGAUUUGAAACAGCCAAGCUGAUUUAGAAUUCUUGACAACUAAUUUCAGUUAUUCCCUAGGGAGGUAGAAGGAAAUUCUCAAACUUGUUUAUUUCAACCACUGUUAAUCACUUGGCAUUGAAAAAUUGUUCUAACAAGAAAAUACGUAAAGCUGUGUAACUAAUCAAAGAAAUACAAAUAUAAUGUUUGUAGUAUAAAUACAUGUAUAUACAUAUCUGUGUAGGUGUAUGUGUACAUUGUGUAUCACAUUUUAAUGUUAAUUAAAGCAGAGCUUAUUUAAAAGAUGCUUAACCAAAGCCACCAAGGGUCCAAUGGGCUUACCCUGGCUGAAGAGGAAAGACUCAGGCAGUGUAUUUGACAGUGUGCCGAGAAUCUUGUUAAUGUUCACAUUCUUUGACCCAGAAAUUCUACUUCUAACAGUCUAUCCUGAGAAAAUAUUCUGAAAUACAGACCAAAAUUUCAGUUUAACAAAGAGUGUCGUAGCUCUGUUUGCAGUAGGAAAAAUGGAGAACUGUUUUAGUGUUCAUCAUUAGGGGAGAGUUAAAAGAAGUAUGAUGAAGACUCACAAUCAAAUAUUCUACAGCAAGAAGACAAUGUUGUAAAGAAUUCUUAAUAAGUUGGGAAAAUACUUGUGAUAUAAUUUUUACAUGAAACUAUAUUAAAAUAUAUUAUGGAUUCAGUGUAAACUCAAGAAUCUAAAAAGAACACAAAUAGGGAAAGUCCACCUGUAUAUUAACAGUAACUACUCAGGGUGCAAAGACUGUUAGGAGAUGUUUCCAUGGGAAUCAAAGAAGCUUUUCUGAGAUUCUCUCUUUUUGGUUGCUGAGACUUGAGCCCCAGUGUUACCUCUUCUCUUUGUCUUCCAAAAUUAGAUCCCUUUAUGAGUUACCUCAACCUGCUCUCUAACUUCUGUCGGAGUGGUCUACCCCAUUGCAUUAUGUAACCCACAGUCUCCUGAGAUUCUGCAAACCUGACCAUCUUGGCUGCAUUUAUUCUGCAGAGAGCCUUAGCUCCUGAAGCAGAGGUUCUUUAGACUUAGUAGCUGGUUAUAAGUCACUGUUUCUUGAUACUUUCCUAUCUCACAUUUUUCCAAAAUCUUCUUCUGAAAACAUAUGCUGAGAAAAAAGUAUAUUCGGUCAUUGAUGAAUGAAAUAUUCUAUAUAUGUCUGUGAA